AUGUCGGCCCAGGAGCUUGUGGCCUGCCUCUGCCGGGAGGGGGACCAGCACCUGGCCCUGGGGGAGCCCCCACUGGCCACCGCCUUCUACCUGGCUGCGUUCAGCUGCCACGCCCCCUCCGCCGUGCGGAGCGUCCGCGCUGCCCUGGCUGAGGCCCGCGGGGCACCCGUGGUGGCCACGCUGGAGGCCUGGUGCCGAGGGGAAAGCCAGAUCCCGGCCAUUCACUGGGAUGGCAUGGCGGUGGUGUCCCUCACCGGGACCCUGGCCUCCGCCUUCCUGGCCGCCCUGUGCCCGGACCACCCGGCCGCCGUGCUGCACGCCCUGGCCGGCCUGCUGGCCCACGGGCGCCACGGGGAGGUGGUGCGGCGGUGCGGCGCGCUGCUGGACGCCCACUCCCAGCAAGCCCUGGAGCUGCAGCUGACCCGCGCCCUGGCCUGGAUCCUGUCCGGGGCGCAGGUGGACGCGGGCCUGGCCCAGUACCUUCAGGCCUUCGCCUCGAGGGCUGACCGCACCGUGACCUUCGUCCUCACCCACCAGCAGCCCUACCUCCCCGUGCUGGUCAGCACUCUGCAGGACCACGUCUCCAGGCGGCAGCAGGCUGGGGACAGCGCCGGCCAGCAGGAGACUGACUGCCAGAGACUCCUGGCCGCCCUGGACCCCGGGGGCACCUGGAGCAAUGCUCUGUCCCCUGAAGUUCUGCUCCGCGGGGGCAGGUAUGAAGACUGCCGGGCAGCGUGCAGCCGGGCCCUGGAGUCCGACCAGACCAGUGACAGACCUCAAGGUGAGCGUUUGGCCGCCCUGCUGGUCACGCGCGCGGCCACAGCCUUCUUCCUGGACAGCGGGACCCAUGACCUGCUUCGGGAUCUGCACGGGGCCUUCCGCGAGAGCCCCUCCGGGGCGCGGAGGCAGUUCGAGGCCGUGCUCACGGCAAGAGACCGGGAGCGCGUGCUGGCCCAGGUGCAGGAGGCUGUGGACGUGGGCUUUGCCCACUUCCAGGAGGCCGUGCGGAGCCGCCCCGAGCUGCGCGAGGACUCGGGCCGCGAGCUGCUGGCCCCGGUGAUGCGCGCCCUCCGUGUCCUGCUGCGCGUGGCGCCGCCCGGGGCGCGCCCGGCACUGGGCGCCCACCUGGCCGAGUGCGUGCUGCUGGCGGGAGACGCGGCGGGCGCCCGCGCGCUGUGCCAGCGCCUGCUGCGGCCCUCGCGCCCCAGGGACGGUGCCGGCAAACGCGCUGUGGACCGUGCGGGGAACCGCGCGCCUCUGCUGGCGCUUCGCGGCUUCUGCGCGCUGCACGUCGGGGACACGCCAUGCGCCCGGGAGGACUUCCAGGAGGUGGUGGAGCAGGAGCCGCCGCACCACGGCGGCUGCGUGCGUGCCCUGUGCGGCCGCGGGCUGCUGCGGGUGCUGGCGGGGAGUGCGUUCCUCGGUGCGCUGGACUAUGUCACCGCCUGCCGACUGCAGCCCGACGAGGCUCUGCUCGUCUCCAAGGCCUACGUGCCCUGGAACCAGCGGGGGCUGCUGCUGACCGUGCUGCGGGAGGAGGGCCGCAGGAUGCUGCAGCGCAGGCCGGACUCGAGACCCACGGGCGCGCGGGGCCGCCGGGGCCAGGCCGCUGCGCAGGAAGGGGAUGCCCAGGGCGUGUACCAGCUGGCCACGCUCCUGAUGGAGCUGGACCCGGAGGAUGAGGCUUCGCGCCUCCUGGCGGCCGAUGCCCUGUAUCGCCUGGGCCGCCUGGGUGACGCCCACAAGGCACUGCUGGUGGCGCUCUCCCGGAGGCCCCAGGCCGCCCCUGUGCUGGUGCGGCUGGCCCUGCUGCAGCUCCGGAGGGGCUUCUCCUACGACGCCAACCAGCUGGUGAAGAAGGUCGUCCAGACCGGGAACACCGCCUGUCUGCAGCCCACCCUGGAUGUCUUCCGCCGGGAGGACCGGCAGCUGCUGCGGGGCCACUGCCACGCGCGGGCCUUGGCCAUCCUGCGCGCACAGCCGGACGGGGCGCAGGGCGACGCCCACACGCGGGAGGCCAUCGCCUACCUCUCUCUGGCCAUCUUUGCUGCAGGGAGUCAGGCAAGUGAGUCCCUGCUCACCCGCGCCCGCUGCUACGCGCUCCUGGGCCAGAGGAAGACGGCCUUGUUCGACUUCAACUCCGUGCUGCGGGCAGAGCCCGGGAACGUGCAGGCCCUGUGCGCACGCGCGCUCCUGCACCUGGCCCUGGGCCAGCAGAAGGAGGCCACAGACGACGUCCUCUCGGCUCUGAAGCUGGAUCCGGGCACAGCGGUCCCCGAGAUCCGCUCUCUGAAGCCGGAGGCCCAGGCCAUCAUCACACAGGGCCUGUCAUCCCACUGCCGGGGCCUCCUGAGCCAGCUGCCGGACCCCGGGGCCCGCCUCAGCGACGGGGACUUCCAGGGCCUCCUCGCCGCGGGGGAGGCAGUGACCCAAAUCGACGCCGGGAAGCUGAGCGGGCACAUCCUGCUGGCAGACGUGCUCAUUGCCAGGGGCAGCUACGAGGAGGCUGGCGCCCGCCUACAAGAGGCCCUGUGCCCCACCCCGCCAUCAGAAGUGGCCCGGGCCCGGCGUGGCCUGCUCCUGCUCAAGAAGGGAGAUGUGCCGGCCGCAGCUGGGGACCUGCAGUGCCUGGCAGAGACAGACGCCAGAGACCUUGGCUUCCUGCUGAGUCUCCUGGAGGCCUCGGAGCGGCAGAGCCUGGCCCAGGCUGCUGCCCAGGAAGCCAGCACCCUCCUGACCUCAGGGCAGCCCAGGCAAGCGCUGGGCUACUGCUCGCUGGCCGUCCUGGCUGGUGGUGGCCGUGCCUGUCACCUGCGCCAGCGGGCCACCUGCCUGGCCGAGCUGCAGGAGUUUGGCCGGGCACUUGGAGACCUGGACCUUGUGCUCCGGGAGGGUGCAGGGGACAGGGACCUCCCGAGGCGAGUGGAGGAUUUGUGCUCCAGGGGCUGCCUGCUCCUGAGCCUGGGGAACAAGGCUGGGGCUGCAGGGGCCUUCGCCCAGGCCCUCGCGCUGGCGCCCACUCCAGCCCAGACCAGCCUGUGGGAGCGGCCAGGCCGGGCUCCCGCUGCCCAGGUGUUUCUGUGCCAUGGGCAGCGCUGCCUGGAGGAGCAGCAUUAUGCCGAGGCCUGGACAGCAGCCGAGAGCGGGCUCCUGGUGGACCCCGAGCACUGCGGCCUGAAGAAGCUGAAGGCGAGGAUCCGGAGGGAGGCAGCCUUGGGCUGCCGGCUCCACUGACCCCGUGCUCUCCAGGCCACACUGUCAUUUCCCCCCCAAACCAGGGGGGAUGCUCACCCCGCCCUCCCAGCCCUGGGGUGGCUGGGUCAAUGUUGAGCAGAGAGGAGGGAGACCUGCUGGCCUGGAUGACCGUCCUGGGAGGCCCAGAGCCCUUUGCUGCAAUGGCACCCUGAUCCCCAAAGCUGGGCCCUGGAGGCCCUGGCGUGGGGCCAGCAGGUUGGACAGGAUUAAAGCCAGUUCAUGGUGACCCUAGGGAGAUGGUGCAGCCCUUCCCUGGGCAUGAAGCAGCCUUGACCCUGGCCUUGGCCUAAGCCUCAGAUGGGGCCCCCCAAGAACAAGACGCCCAAGCUGGGGUCUGCCAGCUGAGACCCAUGCUUUCCUGAAGUCAUUUUC